AUGGUUGGCCUGGAGGGUUCUGCAUUAGAUGAAGAAAGGAUGGACCGCCACGGGUUGAGUGAUACUGGAGGGCUUUCUUGUGUGGGUGGCGUAUCGUUGCUCGCACCGGGAACUGCCUUCUCUACUGAUUUUAGUAUUCUUCAGGAGCUCCGCACAGAGAAGUUAUUUCGAGAAUAUUUGGAGUACCGUGAGGAUUCAUUCAAUUGGGCGGCAGAAGAACUGGUUGCAUCAUGCAAUUCACCUGUUGAUUUGUUUCUCCAGACUGUGCCUGAUGAGAGGCUUUUUCAAGAGCACUUUUUCAAUUUUGUGUCGUUACGUGAACAGUAUUCUGUGGUUGUUGAUGAUGCUGAUGGAAGUAAAGAAAGUUUGGCUGAUGAUGGAUCACCACGUUUCUCGACUGAGGCUGAGAUCAAACUUAUCCGCCGUAAGAAUCACAAAGAUUCUCUUAUGAAAAGAUUGCAUGGUGUUCGAAGAUAUUAUGCAUACUGCAAAGCCCUUCUGCAACUUGAUUUUAUCAAGUGGAAUAGUAAUCCUGAAGAAGUUUUAAAACGGAUCAAAGAGUCAACUAGAUGGUCUGAUGUGCUGAAUGAUUAUGAGCUACAACGUGGUCUAGAGGGUCAUAUGAAAUUUUUAAGGAUGCAUGUGAGUAAAUUGGACAAAACUUCCACAAGCAGCAGCAUGACUGAGUUUGAUAAGGUAGCUUUGGAGGAGGACAUCAACUCUCGUAUGAGUUCAGAAUUAGAGAAGCAUCUACAAUUCCCUGACGAGUUGCUCAUGCGAGAAUAUUUCAAUCGUGUGAAAAUAAGGAACCUUGCCAGGGAGUGUUGUAUUCAAGCAAAGAAGACUGGAGUCAUUCUUGUCGAAGAGUUUCUACCCGUACGAAAUUUGGAAGAACAGAUGUUACCCAAAAGUUGGCCCCAGAAUUUUGGACAACAGCUGUUACCCAGAAAUUUGCCCCAGAUGAAAAAGAGAGUUAAGCAGUCACUUGACUCAACCAGGGCUUACCUGCAUCCACAGGGCGCUACUCGUGCUAGGGCUUUGAAGUAUGUGGUUGGUGCAGUUUCUCUUGCUUGUAUCAUCAUGGCUGGCCAACGCGAGAGUAAGUAA